CCCAUUGUCACCAACGCGUCGGUAAAAUCCAAUCGAAGGAGAAUUCAUUGUUCGUGUUCAUCGAGUACCUGAGGAGUUUGAAACAUGAGUUCAAGCACUUGUUACAAGUGUAACCAGAUAGGGCACUUUGCACGAGAGUGUCCACAAGGCGGUGGUGGUGGAGGCGCCGGUGGUGGUAGAAGUGACCGUGGAUAUGACCAUGGAGGCGGUUAUGGACGCGAUCGUGACAAAUGCAACCAAUUUGGACACUAUGCACGUGACUGCAAAGAGGUUCAGGAUGUUUGCUACCGUUGUAACGGUGGUGGACACUUCGCAAAAGAUUGCAAACAGAUAAAGUGAUAUUCCUUCGUUCACCUUCAGAUAUUAACAAAAUAUCUAUCUACAUUAUUAUAAAAUUCUGAUAACACACACCACACCAUGAACAUUUUGGUAUUGUUCCCUUUGAAGCAAUGUAUACAAGUAAACCAGUGAUUGCCCAUAACUCAGAUGGUCCAAUAGAAUUCAUGAUUUCUGGAAAAACUGGAUUUUUAGUUGAUGUAUU